AUGCUUUCAUCCUCUCAUUUUCUCCUUAGAGCAUUUGUACAAAAGGCUGAAAAUCUAAAAAGAGUUCUUAAUGUGUAUGAUUACCUCCUAUCUGAGCAUGGAGUGAAUCUGCAGGGUCACAUUAAUGAACUACAGGAUUUGGCCAAUGGCAUUGACAAGGUCAAUAAGGGGGUGAGGAUAGCAGGCAUUACCGGGGGAGCUGCAGGGGCAGUAGGAGUUGCAGCCGCUGUUGGAGGUGUCAUACUUGCCCCAGUGACCUUAGGGGCUUCAUUGGCAGUGACUGCAGUUGGAGUCGGAGUUGCAGCAGCCGGAGGGAUCACUGGAGCCUCAGCUGCCAUCACCAACAAAGUCCACACCAAUAUGGACAGGAAGAAGGUGGAAACAAUCCUAAAAGAUCACUCUACACACAUAGAGGAAAUUGAAAGGUGUGUAAAGGUCAUCGGUUCUUAUGUAGAAUACCUAAAGAAAUACAACCUUUCCACAAUGAGGGGGGUGGAUUGGCAAGCAGUGAAGGUGGCUCGAAUGGCACAUAACCUUGGAGACAGUGUAGGAGCAAUGGGAGCACUCAGCAAGUCCUCAGGUCUGAUAAAAGGUUUUGCGCUGGGCUUGGACAUGUACUUCAGCAAAGGAGAUUCUGAGCAACCGAAGAAGGGAUCAGAAGCCAAAUUUGCCAAGCAAAUCCGCAAAGUAGCAAAGCAGAUGCAGACCAACCUUGAUGAGCUAAUGAAAUUUAAAAAUAUGCUGGGGUCUGAAGACAUAUAA